ACCCAGUGAUGACACCAGCACUCAAAACAAAAGUAUGUUUUGAUGUGCGUCCAGGAGUCCACACAGGAGAAUAAGAUGAAGAUUAAUUUGAAAGGUGAUGAUUUUAAAAGGACAGAGAUGUUUGCGGAAGGACCUCGGAGCUGGGCAGGAGGUGUGGUUCUUAUUUGAAUAUCAGGUGAGGAGAUGGUGAUAUCUGGUGUUACCCAGGGCCGAGAGAUAGACAGUCAUCACACAGCAGCCCAGGGGUUAGAUCUCAACAAUGUGGCACCUCCUUGCACUGGGCUGCCUCUUCUUCCCCUGUCUGUUCAUCCUCACCCGGAGAUCCUUGCAGAAAAACUUCCCAGAGUUAACAGAUGUGGACACCGUCAACAUCAGUUAUUAUAGAAAAGGCCUCGGAGAUUUCUUCCUGGGAUGUCUGUUCUUGGCCGAACUGAGUACACCAUUUGUCUCAUUUGCCAAAAUACUCAAACGGUUCAGAAAGCAGAACACAUUGCUGUACAAGGUCAACGGUGUCAUCGUGUUGGCGACAUUCUUCCUCUGCCGUAUCCUCGUGUUCCCCUACAUGUACUGGGCCUACGGCAAGCAGUAUGGGAUCCCUGCCCACCUUGUCCCCUUCCGCAUCCCCCUGCACUGCACCUUGGGUAACGCCAUGCUGUUGGCUCCUCAGGUUUACUGGCUCAGCCUGAUCAUCAGGAAGGCAGGGAAGACUGUGAAGGUGGAGUGACGAGACAACCAGGAUGACGCUGCUGUUGUUCCCACUUGGCGGUGGCAGUGACUCCCUCGCAGAAUGGUGCUGAGCAUGUGUGUGUGUGUGGUUUGGAAAUAUAUUACUCUUGUUUUUUAUUUACACACUGAGGUAAUUUUACUCAUCUGGCUGGUAUGACUAUUAGCGGUGCUUAAUGGGAAUUUCAUGGGCCUACGGUCUCUCUUUGCAGACAGAAAGUUGCAUGUACCUCAACUUCCGUUACUUAGUCUGCUGCCAGUAGAUGGUGGUAAAAUUACCCCUUUUUUUAAACUUUGAUAAUGACAAAAGAUCCUAUUUGAUAUAUAUUUUAUAAAGUAUAUUGUGGUUUAUUUAAUAAAGAUUAUAAGCCCA